AUGUUGCAUUGGCAACUUACAGAAAUGGAUUUACGUUCGCGUAAAGAACCCACGCUGGGUGUGAGCCGAAAUCUCACUGAAGUAUUCACACUGCUUCGCUCAAAUGCACAACAAAAUAAAUAUAUUUAUAUGAACAGUGCAAUGCCUAGCUCAAAUCGGAGCAAGAACAUUGCAGAAGAAAAAAUGAGCCUUGUAAGUCUUGAAGAAGGCGGAGACCAUUCUGAUGACUCGCCCAGACAGCCGAUGUGGAUCCACACAUGCGAUGAAGUGGAGUUCGAGUUUGGACGAGUUCGAAGUCGCGUCGAAGAAUUGGCCACUGCACAACAGAAACAUAUUUCACGACCGAAUUUCGGCGAUGAAGCUUUUGAGGCAGAAGAAAGACGAAUGGAAAGCAUGACAGAGCAAAUCACGUCUAUGUUGGCACAUUGUCAACGACUGAUUAGUAUGAUAUCGUCACAGAGUUCUCGAAUGGAGAAUAACUCGGAGAGAAAACUUCGCGAAAACACGGUUUCCGCCCUGAUCUUCACUCUCAGUCAGUUAACAAACGAGUUCCGUACGCGCCAGUCAAAGUACCUCAAGGAUAUUAAGAACCGAACGAGCAACGUUGACAAUUUCCUGGUCACCACUGGGCAGUCUGAUGAUUUGCAGUGGGGUGAAUUGGUUGAUGUAACACCGUCGCGGGAGUAUACGAUGGACCAAAUCCAGCAAAUGAUGAUGAACGAACAAGCUGUAAAAGAGCGAGAAAAAGAGGUGCUGGUGGUGAAUUCGUCUAUCCGAGAACUGAAUUCUCUCUUCAAAGAUUUGUCAUCAAUGGUCGUAGAUCAAGGCACUAUUCUUGAUCGGAUUGAUUAUAACGUCGAACAAGCCUCCAUUCGUGUUUCUCGAGCUGUGGACAGUGUCAAGAAAGCUGAGAAACAUCAACGUAACGACAAGAAAAUGCAUUGCAUCUUUUGCCAAACGGUAGCAAUUAUUGUGAUUCUUCUGCUGAUUAUUUUCACGAAACUCUGA